UCAAGGCGCCUCCCGUUAUUCAGGCGGGCUGACAGCUGGGAGGAGAGAGAGGCAGAAAAGCGGAAGUUUUUCAGCUUAAUCGUUAAGAGAAAGUGAGAGAAAGCAGCGGGAGAACAGCGCCUCACACUAAGCUGCUUCACAAACACUGAAGAAUGAUUUUCCAUCAGCGGCGAUUCCAGGUGUUCACAUUUUACAUGAAGUAUUGAAGGUGGUAACUAUGACGACUAAGAAGCUGCUCAUUGAAACACUGAACCAGUUGAGUCCAGAGGACUUUGCUGAGUUCAAGUCACUCACUGCAGUAGAGAAAGAUCUCCAACUGAUGUCACAGAGCCGACUGAAAACAGCAAACACACAGGAUGUAGUGGAGCUGAUGGAGGAGACGUACAGAGGAGAGAGUGUGGAGGAGACCAGAAAGGCUUUAAUGAAGAUGAACAGGACUGAUCUGGUGCAGAGAUUAUCAGACAAACAGUUUCCUCCACUGAGCCAGAGAGUAGAAACGAUGGAGUCUCUUAUUGAGCUGCUUUUGGAAACACUGGCUGAUCUGAGUGACAGCGAGUUUUGGGACUUCAUUGAGAUCCUGAGAAGAAAAGGUCUCUUUCUUAUCCCAAGGAAUCUGUCUGAGAUGACACACCUGCAGGACGUGGUGUUUUUCAGUGUGACGACUUUUGGCCGACAGUCAGUGAAGAAGAUCGUGAAGGUUUUAAAGAAGAUGAAGAGGACUGAUCUGGCUCAGAGGCUGACAGACAGCAGCUCAGAAGCUCAAAACAAACAUCUGGAUGAACAUCUGUCUGCACUGAUCCAUAAAGUUGCAACAAUGGCAGCUGUUACAGAUCUGCUUCUAGAAACACUGGAGGAUUUGAGUGAACAGGAUCUCAUGGAGUUCAAGUUGUUCCUGCAGUUCACUCGUUUUCAGAAGAGUCUUCCACAAAUCAAACUGAGUGAUGACAGAAGAGAAAUGGUGAAUGUGAUGGUUGAUAAAUGUGGUCAUCAGUCUGUGGAGGUGAUCAGGGAGGUUUUAACAAACAUGCAGAGAACUGAUCUGGUGCAGAGGCUACCAGAGAGCAGCUCAGGACUCAAAGCUGCAGGAUCAUCAGCUGAAGGAUUUGAUGUGGAGGAAACAGAGAAAGAGAAACACUCUGAGGAUGAACGUUGGCCUGCACUGAUCCACAAAGUAGAAACGAUGGAGUCUGUUAUUGAGCUGCUGCUGGAAACUCUGGCUGCUCUGAAUGAGCUGGAGUUCAGCAAGUUCAUCUGGACCCUGAAACAAAUUCAUCGCAAAUAUGACUCAGACUUCUCAUGGAUGCCGUACAUGAGCAAAGACCUGCAGGACACAGUGUUUCUGAUGGUGCAGACUUACGGCCAACAGUCAGUGGAGAAGACCAUGGAGGCCUUAAAGGAGAUGAAGAGGACUGAUCUGGCUCAGAGGCUGUCAGACUGCAGCUCACUGCCUCGAAAGAAACACUCUGUGGAUGAACAACGCUCUGCACUGAUCCACAAAGUGGCAACAAUGGCAGCUGUUAAACAUCUGCUUUUAGAAACUUUGAAUGAUUUGAGUGAUGAGGAGAUCAAGAAAUUUAAGAGGCUCUUACAGAUGAUUAUUCCUUGGAGGGAUCUGUCAUAUAUCUCACCGAGGUUGAGUCCAUCAUCAACCAGAUUAGUUAUAGUCAAUCUGAUGAUGGAUAAACUUGGUCAGCAGUCUGUGGAGGUGACCAGAGAAGCUUUCAUGCGCAUGAACAGAACUGAUCUGGUGCAGAAGUUAUCAGAGAGCAGCUCAGCAUCCAGAGAGAAACACUCUGUGGAUGAACAUGGAGCUGCACUGUUGAAGAGAGGAGAAGCACCGACAGCUGUUAGAAACAUUCUUGUGGAAAUCCUGAGACAUUUGAAUCAAAAGGAUCUCGAGGAAUUCAAUUUGUUGCUGCAGUUCACGCGCUUCAAAAUGGGCCUGCCACAAAUACAGAUAUAUACAAACAUGAUAGAUGAACUAGUGAAAAAAAUGGUGGGUGAACUUGGUCAGCAGUCUGUGGAGGUGAUCAGGGAGGUUUUAACAGACAUGCAGAGAACUGAUCUGGUGCAGAGGCUACCAGAGAGCAGCUCAGGACUCAAAGACAAACAGUUUCCUCCACUGAGCCAGAGAGUGAGUAACGUCACAUCAGUCGACUUCACACAGUUCAGCUUUGAUUCAGUAGAAACGAUGGAGUCUCUUAUUGAGCUGCUUUUGGAAACACUGGCUGAUCUGAGUGACAGCGAGGUCAAAGACUUCAUCAAGACCCUCAAAAGAAAAGGUCUCUUUCUUAUCCCAAGGAAUCUGUCUGAGAUGACACACCUGCAGGACGUGGUGUUUUUGAUGGUGAGGACUUUUGGCCAACAGUCAGUGAAGAAGAUCGUGAAGGUUUUAAAGGAGAUGAAGAGGACUGAUCUGGCUCAGAGGCUGACAGACAGCAGCUCAGAAGCUCAAAACAAACAUCUGGAUGAACAUCUGUCUGCACUGAUCCAUAAAGUUGCAACAAUGGCAGCUGUUACAGAUCUGCUUCUAGAAACACUGGAGGAUUUGAGUGAACGGGAUCUCAAGGAGUUCAAGUUGUUCCUGCAGUUCACUUGUUUUCGGAAGAGUCUUCCACAAAUCCUACAGAUUCCUCACAGAAGAGAAAUAGUGAAUGUGAUGGUUGAUAAAUGGGGUCAUCAGUCUGUGGAGGUGAUCAGGGAGGUUUUAACAAACAUGCAGAGAACUGAUCUGGUGCAGAGGCUGUCAGAGAGCAGCUCAGGACUCAAAGCUGCAGGAUCAUCAGCUGAAGGAUUUGAUGUGGAGGAAACAGAGAAAGAGAAACACUCUGAGGAUGAACGUUGGCCUGCACUGAUCCACAAAGUAGAAACGAUGGAGUCUGUUAUUGAGCUGCUGCUGGAAACUCUGGAUGGUCUGAAUGAGCAGGAGCUAGAGAAGUUCAACAAGACCCUGCGACAAAUUCAUUUUCACAAAUAUUACUCGGACUUCUCAUGGAUGCCGUACAGGGGGACAGACCUGCAGGACACAGUGUUUCUGAUGGUGCAGACUUACGGCCAACAGUCAGUGGAGAAGACCAUGGAGGUCUUAAAGGAGAUGAAGAGGACUGAUCUGGCUCAGAGGCUGUCAGACUGCAGCUCACUGCCUCGAAAGAAACACUCUGUGGAUGAACAACGCUCUGCACUGAUCCACAAAGCGGCAACAAUUGCAGCUGUUAAACAUCUGCUUUUAGAAACUUUGAAUGAUUUGAGUGAUGAGGAGCUCGAGAAAUUUGAGAGGUUCCUACAGAUAAUUUUUCCUCAAAGGAUGUCAUAUUCCUAUUGGAGGUUAAAUCCAUUAACCAGAGCAGAUAUAAUGAAUCUGAUGGUGGAUGAACUUGGUCAGCAGUCUGUGGAGGUGACCAGAGAAGUUUUCAUGUCCAUGAACAGAACUGAUCUGGUGCAGAAGUUACCAGAGAGCAGCUCAGCAUCCAGAGAGAAACACUCUGUGGAUGAACAUGGAGCUGCACUGUUGAAGAGAGGAGAAGCACUGACGGCUGUUAGAAACAUUCUUGUGGAAAUCCUGAGACAUUUGAAUCAAAAGGAUCUCGAGGAAUUCAAUUUGUUGCUGCAGUUCAUACGAUUCAAAAUGGGCCUGCCACAAAUACAGAUAUAUACAAAGAUGAUAGAUGAACUAGUGAAAAAAAUGGUGGGUGAACUUGGUCAGCAGUCUGUGGAGGUGAUCAAGGAGGUUUUAACAGACAUGCAGAGAACUGAUCUGGUGCAGAGGCUGUCAGAGAGCAGCUCAGGACUCAAAGCUGCAGGAUCAUCAGCUGAAGGAUUUGAUGUGGAGGAAACAGAGAAAGAGAAACACUCUGAGGAUGAACGUUGGCCUGCACUGAUCCACAAAGUAGAAACGAUGGAGUCUGAUAUUGAGCUGCUGCUGGAAACUCUGGAUGCUCUGAAUGAGCUGGAGCUCAGCAAGUUCAUCUGGACCCUGGAACAAACUGAUCAGAAACUUUUCUCAGACUUCUCAUGGAUGUCAUACAUGAGGACAGACCUGCAGGACACAGUGUUUCUGAUGGUGCAGACUUACGGCCAACAGUCAGUGGAGACGACCAUGGAGGUCUUAAAGGAGAUGAAGAGGACUGAUCUGGCUCAGAGGCUGUCAGACUGCAGCUCACUGCCUCGAAAGAAACACUCUGUGGAUGAACGACGCUCUGCACUGAUCCACAAAGUCGCAACAAUGGCAGCUGUUAAGAAUCUGCUUUUAGAGAAUUUGAAUGAGCUGAACAACAAUGAGCUCCAGAAAUUUAUGAGGUUCCAACAGAUAUUUUUUCCUCAAAUGAAUGUGUCGUAUUCCUACUGGAGAUUAAAUCCAUCAGUCAGAGCAGAUACAAUGAAGAGGUACCAGUAUAUAAACAGGACAGACGAUCUUGUGGAUCUGAUGAUGGAUGAACUUGGUCAGCAGUCUGUGGAGGUGACCAGAGAAGUUUUCAUGUACAUGAACAGAACUGAUCUGGUGCAGAAGUUACCAGAGAGCAGCUCAGCAUCCAGAGAGAAACACUCUGUGGAUGAACAUGGAGCUGCACUGUUGAAGAGAAUAGAAGAACUGGAAGCUGUUACACAGAUUCUCUUGGAAACACUGAAUGAAUUCAGUCAAAAGGAUCUCAGGAAAUUUAUUCUGUUGCUGCCAUUCACCUGCUUUAAGAUGGGCCUGCCACAAAUGGAGAGGUACUGGUAUCCAAACAGGACAGAAGAGCUUGUGGAUCUGAUGGUGGAUAAACUUGGUCAUCAGUCUGUGGAGGUGAUCAAGGAGGUUUUGACAGACAUGAACAGACCUGAUCUGAUGCUGAGGCUGUCAGAGAGCAGCUCAGGACGAAAAACUGAAAGAAGUUCAGAGCUUGAAGGUUGUCAGAGCAUGACGCAGGACUCCAGUGAUUGGACUAAACUUGAACCUGAGGUGAACAGUACAGAUGCAGACGAGGCUCCAACUUACAGCCUUCAGUCUGCAGCAGGACACUUUGAAUGCAGAGUCUCAGGCUUGCGCUGGGUCUGUAAGGGAAAGACCAGCUUUCAGUACCAGUUUAGAUCUUGGGAGGGACACAUGGAGAGGAUGGAGAGCAGACAAUACAUGCCUGCAGGUCCUCUGAUGGACGUCACAGUCACUGCUGGGAAGUUAAAUGAAGUUCACCUGCCACACUGGAUCUGCAUCGAUGACAUCCCUGACAUAUUGGACAUGUUUGCAGUCGUUCACAUAGAUGACUGUGGAGAUGUUGUGGAAAAAGUGUCUGAGGUCACACCAACACAUGUCAAGUUAACUGAACCAAAUUUCUCUCUGAUAGGGGCUCUGAUACGUUUAUUCUUUCCUUUGAAAAUCAGCUGUUACACGUUGAUGUACUAUAAACCCAACACAUCAUUUCUUAAACUCCACGUCUAUCCAAUCCGACAGGAUCCUGCUCUGGAACAGGGAAUAGACAAGGAAGAAUCCUCAGAUGGAUACAAAAGAAUCAAAAAGCCACACCCAGACAAGCACCUGCAAACUGAGCGUACUUUCAGCCUCAGAGCCGACAUGGAAACAGCAGAAAUUCAACCACAGGUACAGUUUGUGAAAAGCUCUGCUGAGGAGAUCUAG